AUGUGCCCUACUCCUGAUGUCCCGGCCUCCAAUGGCCACGCAAAUGGCACCAAUGGCCAUGCGAACGGCAAUGGUGCUGCCAACGGCACCAACAAGGCUGACCACCCCGGCUACACUGCCAUUCCUACCAAGCAGAAGCACAGCAACCCGUACCAGCCGGUCGGCGACUUCCUCAGCAACGUUGACCGAUACAAGAUUAUCGAGUCCACCCUGAGAGAGGGCGAGCAGUUCGCCAACGCCUUCUUCGACACCGAGACCAAGAUCAAGAUUGCCAAGGCCCUCGACGACUUUGGUGUCGACUACAUUGAGCUUACCUCGCCCGCUGCCUCUGAGCAGUCCCGCAAGGAUUGUGAGGCCAUCUGCAAGCUCGGCCUCAAGUCCAAGAUCCUGACUCACGUCCGCUGCCACAUGGACGAUGCUCGCCUCGCCGUCGAGACUGGUGUUGACGGUGUCGAUGUCGUCAUUGGCACCUCUUCAUACCUUCGCGAGCACUCCCACGGCAAGGACAUGACCUACAUCAUCAACACCGCCAUCGAGGUUAUUCAGUUCGUCAAGUCCAAGGGCCUCGAGAUCCGUUUCUCUUCCGAGGACUCCUUCCGUUCCGACCUCGUCGACCUUCUUUCCGUCUACAGCGCCGUCGACAAGGUUGGCGUUCACAGAGUUGGUAUUGCCGACACCGUUGGCUGCGCCAGCCCCAGACAAGUCUACGACCUUGUCCGCACCCUGAGAGGUGUUGUCAGCUGCGACAUCGAGACUCACUUCCACAACGACACGGGAUGCGCCAUUGCCAACGCCUACUGCGCGCUCGAGGCCGGUGCCACCCACAUCGACACCUCCGUCAUCGGUAUCGGUGAGCGCAACGGUAUCACCCCUCUCGGUGGUCUGAUGGCUCGCAUGAUCGUCGCCGCCCCCGACUACACCAAGUCCAAGUACAAGCUGCACAAGCUCAAGGAGCUUGAGGAUCUCGUUGCCGAGGCCGUCGAGAUCAACAUUCCCUUCAACAACUACAUCACCGGUUUCUGUGCCUUCACCCACAAGGCCGGUAUCCACGCCAAGGCCAUUCUCAACAACCCUAGCACAUACGAAAUCAUCAACCCUGCCGAUUUCGGUAUGAGCAGAUACGUCCACUUCGCAUCAAGAUUGACUGGCUGGAACGCCAUCAAGUCGCGUGUGGAGCAGCUUGGUCUCACCAUGACCGAUGCUCAGGUCAAGGUUGUCACUCAGAAGAUCAAGGCCCUGGCGGACGUCAGGCCGAUUGCCAUUGACGAUGCCGAUUCCAUCAUCCGUACUUUCCACUUGAACAUUACGGAAGGUGAGGAGAAGCCGCUGUUGCCCAACUUGACCGCUGAGGAGCAGGCCAAGUUCGAGAAGGCGGAGAGAGAGCUUGCUGGCGAGCCUGAGAAGCGUGCUUUGGAUGAGGCUGCCGCGGAGCCCGCGGCUAAGAAGAUUAAGGCGUAA